AUGUCGUCGAAGAGUAAAAUAGAAAAAUGGUUGCUAGCCGAUUGGAGCACAAGUCGCAGCACAGGAUCUAAAUUCAGUGAAGAAGCAAAGAGCCUUCCAAUAUCCACGGAUCGAAAUGAGAGCGGAAAUGAAAUAGACCGGAAGGAAUGCCAACCGAAGAAAUCCACAGCAAGCUAUGGCCACAAUGAUUCAGGAGCCGGUGGAAGUCUGCCUAAUGAGGACCAGGACUACUCACCGAGUACUUCGUCAUGGGAACCAUCUAACGGUCAUUCUGAUGACUCUGACGAAGAAGUAGAUAAAGAAAACAAUCUACAACAAUACCUCCGGCAAAUAUCAAUAAAAAGGCGUAACAAAAAGAACAUGACUCCGGUACACAGGCCCAAUGCAGUUGUAAAAGUAUUGCAGGAACAAAAAUUUAACGCUAACCAGAGUCGUAAAAGAAAACACAAUGCAAUACAGCAUCAUACCAAAAGUUUCGUAACCGAUUCAACGAAAAAAACCCAACCUAAAAACACAAUGAAUAUACAUUUAAAAAACGUUUUGGAAAUCAGAGAGACUUUCCAACAGUUGUUCGGUAUGAUAAACGAUUUAAAGGUUAAAACUAUGGGAACCAUAAUAAAUGAAACUUUAAAUAAUAGCGAAAAUGUAAAAGAAAAAAGUUUUGAUGAUAUACUCAGUCCGAGGAGUGAAGAAUCCAAUCGUUCUGAUGAUAAUGUAUUGAUAACUAAUAAAUACAGCACAGUUGGUUCUGUCUCAAGCAACGAACAUAAUCGGGAUAAAUUACAAGAUGAAUGGGUUCCUAUUGGAAGCGGUAAAACGCUCAUACACAAAGACAAAUACAGAAAAGUAAAUUGGAAAUCAUAUACUAUUGCGACGAGAACUUUGUUACUGGCAACAUUUCCUAGAAGGAUACUGGCAACGCAUUCUUUAACCGGAAAACGAUCGCCGGCUUUUCAAAAUAAACCCGCCAAAAUGUGUUUGGAUCCAAAGAUCGUGUCGGAUGUACUUAUAGAAAUAACAUCAAAAUUCAAAGUUAAGGAAAACUUAGUUAGGAGUAUAAUAACAACAAAAUGCGCCGAUGAGGCGAAAAUGUACAAAAUGAGAUUAGAAGGUAAGAAAAAAAUUUCCAAAGCAAGACAGUCUUCCAGCGAUCAUGAGGAUGUACCAUUACAAAGUUUGAAAAAAGACAGAAAUAGUAAGUAG